CUAGCCACAGCGACAAGGCAACUCCGACUCCAUCACCAACAUCCGCCCACGUCCACCAACAUCAGCGCUCGAUUCCGACUCUUCCCCGCCUCGCAUCACCGAAACCCUACACCAACCGAUCUCUUUCGGACCGCCGCACCGAAUCCGCAACGAUGGCUGCCAUGUUCAGCCAGAAUCCCUUGAUGAACGGGCCUAACUACUCGUUCUCCGAUGCCCCCAAGACCAACAACGGCGAGCUGCGAGAGCAUCGAUUCAACCCCUACACCGACAAUGGUGGCUCCACCCUCGCCAUCGCCGGCGCCGACUUCACCAUCAUGGCUGGUGACACCCGCCACACCAGCGGAUACAGCAUCAACUCUCGAAUGUCCCCCAAGGUCUUCAAGAUCGGUGGCACCACUGCCUCCCAGGACGAUGCCACGAUAGUUCUCUCUGUGUGCGGCUUCGCUGCCGACGGCGAGGCCCUCCGAGACCACCUCGACACCAUCUGCAAGAUCUACCGUUACCGCCACGGCAAGGCCAUGACCAUCAACGCCUGCGCCAAGCGUCUUUCCACGAUCCUCUACCAGAAGCGAUUCUUCCCUUACUACUCGCAUGCGAUGCUCGGCGGUCUGGAUGAGGAGGGCACGGGUGCCGUGUAUUCCUACGACCCCGUGGGCAGCUACGAGCGAGAGCAGUGCCGAGCAGGCGGUGCUGCGGGCAGUCUCAUCAUGCCCUUCUUGGACAACCAGGUCAACUUUAAGAACCAGUAUAUCCCAGGUAGCGGAGAGGGCCAUGAGCUGAAGGAGCGAGAGCGCCGUCCCCUCACCCGAGUAGAGGUCGAGACUCUAGUCAAGGAUGCGUUUGACGGUGCUGUGGAGCGUCACAUCGAGGUUGGUGACAGCCUUCAAAUCCUCAUCAUCACAAGAGAUGGCAUUGAGGAGUCAUACCUGUCCUUGAAGAAGGAUUAGACUUGGUAAUGGAGUAUGGAUCAAUGUAUAACAGCAAUUCGCUAGACGUCAAGGAAUGAAUGUGUCGUUUCCAAUUUG